AUGGCCAAAGUCGUUGAAGCUGGAAGAAAGAUUGUAGAAUCGAAGGUUACUGGCUUAAGGUUCAGUUGGGGAAGAUUCUGCGUGUUUGCAAGUAUGGUUACAGGAACUUGCAGGUUAAAGCUGCGUCACACAGAAACCGAGUUGAGGCUGGUAUAUGGUGGAGAAACACACCAGUUAUCGUUGGUUUCUGAUUUAGGAGGGGUUGAUGUUGCUGGUGUUCAAGUUUGUGCUGAGGGAAUAAACUGCAGGUUUUCAGAAUUCAGAGAAGUGGAAACUGCAGAUGAGUGUGAAACAAGAUCAGUAAAAACAGUUUACAAGAGCAGAAUCAGUCGCAGGGGUAAGGACCAGAUUUGGAAAGGUCUACAAAAUGUGAUGUUCAAGGUAAAGGUGAUCAUCUUAGAGCUUGGAGCAGCAAGGAAACAUAUCCGAAGAAAGGAAGUGAAGCUGUUAAAUCUGGUGUGGUUGUUUAAUAGCACAUUUGUGCUGUCACAGAUGGGACUCUGUGUUAACAACAGAUUGGUUGGUUCCGAGAAUGAACUGAGAACAAAAGGAUCGAAAGGGGAUCCU